UGUUAAAAAAGUGCGGUCACUUGUUUAAUACGCCCAAAACGAUCGUGACUAUUCGUGACUAGGACGAAUAGUUUUAAACAAAUAAAAAGUGUUGUGGUAAAUAUGCAGUGCACUUGUGAUCAUUUAUUAGACAGUUCCAAAGACCACUACUAUAACUGCAGUGCCGUGUGGGACGAACGCAAGAUUGGCUAUCCUUGUCCGAAGAACCGUGACGGGACGCUACGUCUGCGCAACCCGCACCUGCGACACCUAGAGCGGGACUUCAUCUACCACCUGGGCCUGGACACUAGCGCAGAUGUGUCCACCAUGUUUGGAGACGUCAAGUUUGUCUGCAUGGGCGGCACCAAACACCGCAUGCGGGAGUUCGCUCUCCACGUGAGACAGGCACUGGGCCUGCCUGAUACAGGAAAACUAGAAAACCUAACCAAGCACGCUCACCGGUAUGCCAUGUACAAAGUCGGCCCUGUCAUCUCUGUCAGCCACGGUAUCGGCAUCCCCUCAAUGAGCAUCCUCCUCCAGGAGAUGUUCAAGUUGCUCCACUACGCGAAGGCCAAGGAUCCCGUGUUCUUCAGAAUAGGGACCAGUGGGGGCCUUGGCGUGCCUCCAGGGUCCGUAGUUGUGUCUUCGUGGGGCCUGAAUGGAACCUUGGAAAAAAGUUACAAUAUUCCUGUGCUGGGUAAGAUGCGUAAACUGCCCUCGUUCUUCGACGAGCGGCUCUGCAGAGAAUUGCAGUCAGUCGCCACAAACGAGGGUUACUCCACCUACAUUGGCGGCACUAUGGCUGCUGAUGAUUUCUAUCGAGGCCAAGCUCGCCUUGACGGACCAUUCUGCGACCACACAGAAGCGGACAAAAUGUCCUUCCUGCGUACCCUCUCAGAGAUAGGCGUCAAGAAUAUAGAAAUGGAGGCCACAGCCUUCGCCGCGUAUACCAGGGAGGCAGGAGUGCGAGCAGCUGACGUGUGUGUCACCCUUCUGGACCGACUGCAAGGCGACCAGGUGACGUCGAGCAAAGAAAUAAUGCUGGAGUGGCAGAACCGGCCCAUAGCUCUGGUAGGGAGUUUCAUCGCCAGUUCCUGCAAGAGCCGGGCUUCGGUCCAUGACUAGUCAAUAACCCUCAUUUGUCGUGGCAAAACGUGGAUAAAGUUACUUGCUAUAAUAUGUUAGGUACCUACAUUUGCUAGCGCAAAAAUAUGUGACAUGCUUUUAUGUCUAGAAAGAAGAUGGUGCCAGAUAUUUUCAUAAUGUAACAUAUAUUAUUGCUGACAACCAAUAACGAAUAACUCCAAUAAAUAUAAAGGUAAUAAGCAGAUAGGUGCAGGAAAGGUAGUUAAGUAAAUACUAGUGAGGUUAAAGCAUGGAAAAUAUAUUUAUCAUGAAGGAAUUACUUAUUUAUCAUUCAUUACGGUUUGAAAACUUCUAUAAAAAUUAGGAUUUGUUUAUUUAGUUACUAUUAAAAUUAAUUAUGUUAUCACUAA